CUUUGUCUUAUGUAAAUCUAAAUUACAUCCAUUCUGCAUUCACACCUGGAACGAUUGUUCACCUGCAACAGAAAUGGAUGAUGAAAUUGCUGCUGUUGUUAUUGACAAUGGAUCUGGGAUGUGCAAGGUUGGUUUUGCUGGAGAUGAUGCUCCCCCUGUCGUCAUUCCAUCCUUUGUUGGAUCCCACAAGUACAGGGCUGCAUCAAAUGCCUACGUGGGAAACGAGGCCCAGGAAAAGAGGGGCGUCUUGGCCCUGAAAUACAUCACUGAUAACAACUUUGUGACUGAUUGGGAUGAUUUGGAAAAGCUUUUACAACAUGCCCUUUGCAAUGAGCUCCGUGUGAGUCCUCAAGAGCAUCCAGUCCUGCUGUCAGAGCAUGCAACCACACCCAAAGUCAACAGAGAGAAGAUGACAAUGAUAAUGUUUGAGUGCAUCAAGGUUCCUGCCCUUUAUACGGCCAAUCAGUGUGCCCUGUCUCUGUUUUGCUCUGGUCGCACCACAGGAGUUGUAUUAGGAUCUGGUGAUGGUUACAGCCAAACUGUCCCUAUUUAUGAAGGCUAUGGUUUGCCCCACGCCUUUCUUUGCACACGCGUGUCUGGAAGAAACCUGACGGAGUACUUGAUGAGGAUUCUCACAGAAAGAGGCCACCGUUUCACUAAUGCUGAGUUUGAAAUUGUUCGAGAAAUGAAGGAGAAGCUCUGCUACAUUGCUUUGGACUAUGAGCAGGAGAUGCAGAAAGCAGUUCUCUCACUAGAGAAGGACUACGAGCUUCCUGAUGGACAAAUUGUUACGAUCGGCAAUGAGAGGUUCCGCUGUCCAGAGCUCUUCUUCGAUCCAUCUUUUAUUGGAGAAGAGUCACCUGGUGUUCAUGAGAACACUUACAACAGCAUCAUGAAGUGUGAAAUAGACAUCCGGAAAGACCUGUAUUCUAACAUUGUGCUUUCUGGAGGCUCCAGCUUGUUCCCUGGAUUUGAAGACCGCAUGCAGAGAGAGAUGACUGCUUUGGCCCCGUCUACUAUGAAAAUCAAGGUUAUUGCUCCACCUGAGAGGAAGUACUCUGCCUGGAUUGGUGGCUCCAUCCUGGCCUCCCUGUCCACCUUCCAGCAGAUGUGGAUCAGCAAGCAGGAGUACGAUGAAUGUGGUCCAUCUAUUGUCCAUCGAAAGUGCUUCUAGAGCACCUUUUUCCUGUCCCAGGGGUCACCAUGCUGCUGCAUCCGACUGAGGUUGUCUGCAGUGGCGGAGCUAAAGUUUUUUAUUUAGGGGGCUAGAGGAGGGCAAAGCUAUCUCAGGGGGGUCCACAGUUUUUUAACAAUUUAAAGACAC